AUGCCAUCUGUAGAUCUCACCACUUUCUCCGUUGUACCAGCCAAUGUUCUUAACUGCAAUGUCAAGAUAUUCAUCAACAUCAUAUAUGUUGCCAAAGUAAGAAGUAAAGUGAAAUGUAUGGUGCAAAAGGUUGUAAGCACGGGCCAUGUCUGCUUUGCAAGGCGCGCAGACAAGAGCAGAAUGAGCACAGAUAACGCCCUUGCAUUGUUGCAUGCUCGAAGGCUGCGUCAAGGAGGGCGACAGCAUGGCGAGGGUAGUACUGCUAGAGGAGACGAUCUGUUGAGAGCUGGGGGUCUUCGUGACGCUGUUGACAUAGGAAUUAAUGACACGAUGUGUGGGAAGGCGAAUGGCUGUGGAUACCAGCGCGACGACAGGCAGCGCAUACCCUUGCCAUUUUUUGCUGCCAUCUCCAUUGCUAUCAGUCAGACAGAUUGA